AUUUAAUCGGUAUAAUAAUUAUAAGUUAUCAAGUGAUUUCUGCAACAUUUUGUUAAAAUAAUAGAAUUAGAAAGAUUUUAUGGUUUUGUGGAAGUUUUUGUUUUAAGCGCUUUCACCGGCCGAUUAAAUUAAUCGAAGUUUUGCUCGAAGUCAUUUAGAUUCUCUGUAGGCUAGAUCUCUCGUAGAAGUAUAAAAAUAAAGAUAAUAUUCGGUAUAGAAAUUAUAGAUAAAAAAUAACGAGUUUUUAAAAUAAAUAAUAUAUUUAAUUGAUUCAAAAAAUCUUGUAAAUAAUUGUGAAGCAUUAUCGUAGAUUUUAUCGACUCGUAAAGGCAUAAAAGAUUGCAGGUGCGCGCUAUGGGAGCAUAAUGGAAUAAUCUAGCCGCAGCUGCAACUGCCACGUAAUUAAUAAAACCAUAAUAACAGAAGACAGGAAAAAGAGAAAGGCUAGGAGGGCGAAGGGAGACAGAAUUCGCGCUCGCUUGGAAAUGUCGAUAGGCAUGUGUGUAUACAGCACUGUGCACCACUGUGUACACGUAACCGCGAGUGCUUAUCCGUAAUGAAACUCCCACGUCGCGUCGAAGAGGAGGAAACGUAACGUUUAAAGAGAAACAAGAGAAAAAGGAAGCAGGAAAGAGAAAACCGCCGGUUGAUCUCCAGCCUUCGACAGAAGCGGAGUGAUAAUGACAACACCUAUGUGCGAGGAUGGUGGACCGCUGAGAGAAUGGGCACCACUUGCUGUUCUUCUACAGCAGAUACCUGCUAAGAUACAAAAUGGUAUUUUCAUGCAAGACAUCAGUUUUACCUGCAUUGACGCUUUGCCUGAGUUUAUCGCCAUUGGAACUAAUCAUGGGCUUGUUUACUGGUACAACAGAGAAAAACAGGAUCUACAGAGACUACGUUGUGAGAAUAUAAACUCCAAAAUCACGAGUGUACAAGUGAUCUCCACUGUUGAUUACAUGGUAGCAGCAGGCAAUGAACAUGGUGUCGUCACAGUUUUUCAAAUUCCCAAGAAUCCGCCAGACUCAUUGCCAAACAGUUUAAAACCAAAACAGAAGAAACAGGUGGAAAGGUACAGUAUAAGUGGCUUGCAUAAUACUGCAGUAACGGCAGUGGAGUGGUCUAAGAAUGGCAUGAAAUUGUUCAGUGGAGAUAAAGAUGGUUUAGUAGUUUUAACAGAGAUUGAUUUUUAUAUGCAUUUAUCCAAAUCAUCGAAACUGUUAAAUGAGAAAUAUUCUGUGGUACAAUUGAGUUACCAGCAAGGUUUGCUACUAGUCUCAACAACAUUACGUACAAUUCUAGUGAACAGAAAUGAAAAUGGGAAAGUGACACAAGUUGGCCAAAAAGAACGUAAAACACUUGGCAAGUUAGGAGCGGUAUUCGGUUCUCGACAGAAUUACGUGCAAGAUUCAAUAAUUUAUGCAAGUAGACCAGGAUUACGUUUAUGGCAAGCUGAUAAGAUUGGGACUGUACUGAAAACGCUCAUAUUUAAGGAUGCAGUCAGAUCAGGUCAUACAGAAGUAGCGUUAUUGAAUCCCGCACCCGAAGGAUCAAGAAAGAAUCGUGGCGACCCUUCCUUUGGCAUCGUGUUACCAUUUUGUGAUGAUUUAUUAGUAACAUACUGUGAUGAUGUAGUUUAUGUAGUAAAUCCAAAUACUAUUGCAAUAACAUCGAUUGUAAAUGAUUUACGGCGUGUUACCGACGUGGCUUGCACUAAAGACGAAAUAUUUAUAUUGGAAGGAGAAAGAAAUAUUUUGCGAAUUGCCUAUUAUCCAGAAAAUAAUAUUUUUACAGAAGAAACAAGGACCACAUUGGAUCCUUUAUUGUCAUUUGCUGAAUACAGUAAACCUGUUGCUAAUGGUAUACUAGAACUAACUUCCAAGUUAAAGGAAAGUAAUAUAGUGCCAGCUAUUUCUUUUCCCAAAAUCAAUCCAACCAACAUUAUUCAAUCUGUAGGCAUUGUGCCAAUUGUUACUGUCGGUACUGACGACAAUGUGAUUACGAAUGCGGAGGAAGCUGUGGAAAUACCGCCGAUAGUUCCAAUAGAUUUAAAUACUCCACUCAUAACUGAUCUUAACAAAAUACCAGAAUACAACGAUAGUAAUAGAAUAAGAAACAUUGAGGAUGUAAAGAGCAAUGAUCGCCUGGAGAUAUUCCAACGAAUUGGUCAGCAGGAAUUUGAAGAUGUUGUUUUUACGCCUGAGAGGAAGCAAAAAAAAUCUCGAAAUAAAAUAGUGAACGGAAGUGAGAGUGUCACAAUAUCGGACGGCAACGCCGAGCAGCCUUUGUCGAGCAGCCUAAACACCGAUCAGAUGAAUGCCAAUAAAAUGACAACUCAUUCCUCAUUAAUGCAAUUGAGUUUUGAUGAUGAUUUUAUAUUGAAAUCAGAUCGAGAUUUAGAAACGAUUCAACGGGAUGUGGAAAACAAGGAGAAACUGUUGGCGGAUGUUUUGGAUUUUGAUUUGUCCAAAUAUAUGACGAGCAGUCGAAUAGACAGGGAUGACUUGAGUAUAUCGAAUCAUAUGGAUACCAUAACGUGCAUCAAUUGUAAUGUACAUUCUGACAAUACGAUGAACGGAGAAGAACCGAUUACGAACGAGGAGAAUGAAAAUAUCGAGCAGAGCGAUCACACGGGAACCGAAUCGGGGGAGGAGGAUGUCAGUUAUCGCACCGAAUUGAAACGGUUAGAAGAACUAGGGGAAUGCAGAAAGACUCUUUUACAAAAUAAGCUGGACAAUACUUUACCAACUGGUAAUAAUUUUCUCGAUAUCCGAAAAGAACCGUCCACGAAUCGAGACGAGUUAGAACACCAAUUUAACGCUUUAGCAAAGGAAUGCGCUACAUCCACCGUUCUUGAGGAGGAAGAUUGGGUAUUAGUUGACUAAAACCUCCUUGAGGAUAAUAUAUCGUCGAUUAUUUUAAGCAGAAAUCGUACGUAGUAGUCGCCUCGCGUCUUGUACAUAUGUCAAUAUAUUAUUAAAAACGUAAUUAGAAAAUUGCGUGAUACGUAAGAACGCUUUGAAAUAAUGUGUAACUUCUUUUGCUACGAAUUCUUUUUUUUUUGUAUAAGGUCCAUUGAUCGUGAAAAGAUUAAACUUUUAUUUCAUAAUCAGUAUUUGAUAAUCAAAUCCCGAUAAUAUAUAAAUUAUUGGACAAGAUAGAAAAUUAUUGUUUGAUACAUUUUAUAAUUUUAAAUGUGUGUGACAUCAAGCAAAGUGAAUUAUAAUCAUUAGCAGACAAAAUUGCAUUUUGUAAAUAUUAUCAAAAUUGGAGAGUAAUAACCAGUCACUUGUUUGGAUUUUAGCAUAAUUUUAGCGUGAUGUUUUAUGUUAAAAUUAUUAAUAUAUUUGUGAUAAAUGUAUGCAUAUAAUCUUUUCUGAAUUUAAUAUUUUGUGAAAUAUAGAAAUACAUAUAAUUACGUUAAUAUAAUACCUAAGUUCAAUAAUCACUGGAAUGAUUUACAAAUUGUUGAAAUCUACAAUAUAGUUAUAUACAUAUCUAUUUUACUAUUUUGGUAAAAACCAUGCAUAAUACAAUUCUCAGGUAUAUAAUAUUAUAUUCUGUACACACAUUUUGCAUAAUCAAAUAAUACUUUUGCAUGUCUUACACCUGUCAUACCAAGAAUACUAGUGGUAUGGUAUAUCACCAUUACCCAAUAUUUUAUUAUAAAUUGCUAUAAUUUUUGUGUGUGACAAAAGUUUUAUAAGUCUACGUGGCAUUCACCAUCAAUACAUUCUCAUAUUAUAAUUUUGUAAGUUUGUAUCAGACAAAUAGUGUGCUCUUUGAGACACUAGGCUCAGAAAUGUUUUUUGACACUAGUAUACACUUAUUGUUUGUUUCUAGUUCUGUUUGGAAUAGAAGAAAAAUAAAUAUAUAUCAUGUAACGCAAGAAUCUCCGAGUCUCACGUGGCUCUAAAAUUAUAUCACUUUGCCAUGCAUAAUUAACACGCUGCAAGAUACAAGUUAAAUACAAAUUAUUGUUACUGAACAUUUAUGUAACUAUCAAAUAAUUAAUGCUUUAUCGACUACAAAAAAUAAAGUCACAGUUUUAAAGUUGAA